AUGAAGUCUACGGCCCUGCUUAGCAUUCUUGGCCUAGUGGCCUCUCCGGCUCUUGCUAGUCCUGUGCAGUCAGAGUAUACUAGUGUACGAGAGGCUCCUUUCGGGUACCAACCUGGUUCCAAGGAGUCCAUUGAGAACCUCAAGGACAAGGUCGAGCACCUUGUCUGGGUUAUCCUCGAGAACAGGUCAUUUGACAAUAUCCUAGGAGGCGUCCGUCGCUCCGGACUCGAUAACCCUAUCAACAAUGGACCGUUCUGCAACCUGAAGAAUGCAAGUGAUCCAUCCUCGGGGAAGUAUUGCACUCGGGCGAAGGACUAUGAUUCGGUGCUCAACGACCCGGACCACUCCGUGACCGGCAACAACUUGGAGUUCUAUGGAACUUAUACUCCAAACAAUGCUGCGAUUGCCCGUGGCAAAGUCGUCGCCGACCAGUCCGGCUUUCUCAACGCGCAGCUCAAUGACUACCCGAAGCUGGAUCCAGAGGUGGCGACAACUCAGGUGAUGGGAUACUACACCGAGGAGGAGAUCCCCACCCUUGUUAACAUUGUUGAUGAGUUCACCACAUUCAACAGCUGGUUCUCGUGUGUUCCCGGACCUACAAACCCCAACCGCUUGUGCGCUUUGGCAGGGACCGCCGCGGGACAUGGCAAGAACGACAAUGACUUCCUGGACUAUGCCAUCCCGGCAAAGUCCAUCUUCGAGGCGGCCAACCAGAAGAACGUGUCGUGGCUCAACUACGACGGCACCAACGGAGAGUUCAACCCGGAUUCUCUCUUCUUCACCUACGUCAACCAGACCUCCAGAUCGAACGUGGUGCCCGUCGAAAACUUCUUCCAAGAUGCCUAUUUGGGUGUCCUGCCCCAGUUUUCUUACAUCAACCCCUCCUGCUGCGGCACCAACACCAACUCCAUGCAUCCCACGGGCAACGUGUCUUAUGGCGAGGUCUUCGUGAAGCAGAUUUACGAUGCCAUCCGCCAGGGACCCCACUGGGACAAGACCCUCCUCUUCAUCACCUAUGAUGAGACCGGUGGAUUCUACGACCACGUUCCUCCACCACUUGCCGUACGUCCGGAUAACUUGACCUACACCGAGAAGGCGAAGAAUGGCCAGAACUAUACUCUCCACUUCGAUCGUCUGGGUGGUCGGAUGCCGACAUGGAUUAUCUCGCCCUACACCAAGAAGGGUUACAUCGAGCAAUACGGAACGGACCCCGUCACCGGCAAGCCCGCUCCCUACAGUGCCACAUCCGUCCUCAAGACCCUGGGUUAUCUCUGGGAUAUCGAGGACUUCACCCCUCGUGUCGCCCAUUCUCCGUCUUUUGAUCACUUGAUUGGCAAGACUUUGCGUGAGGAUACUCCCAUCGCCCUGCGCACUCCUCACACCUUUUCCGUCUGA